AAAUUUCAGAAAAACUAUAACGCCUAAUUCAAAACCAAAACUAAAAUUGUUAUCCUUUUGACUUAGAAGAUAAAAAUAAAAAGAAGAAAUUAUAGAUUCCUCUGUCUCUCUCUCGCUAAAGAUCUGGGUUUCUAGAGUUUAGAGCUGAAUCAUUUGAAAUGAAAUGGAAGAUUUCUCAUUUUCUCCUCAAAAUCUCAGGUACUAAUUUUCAUUGGGUUUUUCUUUUUCGGACUCCAUUUAGCUUACUAUUCAGUUGGGCAAAUUCACAAACAGUUCUUGUGUAAUCUUUUUGCUAAUAUUGGCGCUCUCUCCCUCUCUCUCCUAAUCUUUGGGCAAAUUAACUGAUUAUAUCACAUUCGAACUCUGUACCAUGUUCAAUUUUCAAUCUCUUUCUUUGUCUAAAAGUGUUAUCCGCUUUUCCAUGUGUACUUAAUUGAGCAAUUAGGGCACACCAGUCCACUAAAUAACUCUAAAUUUUUAGCAUUUGAGAUUAGUAAGUAGCAGUAUUUGUUUGUUUAGCGAAUUGGGUUAUUAUGGUGAGGGAGCAAAGAGUCGAGUCAUUUUACAGUCGGCUUCGUGAAUCAGUGUCAGCUUCAUCACUCUCACCAUUACUUAUAUUCCCUUCAACUUCUGAUGUAGACUCAUUAUGUGCACUCAAAAUUAUAUUUCAUAUCCUUGAAUCUGAUUCUGUUCGUUAUGCUUGUUAUCCCGUGUCUUCCUUUCAAGAAAUUCAUAAAUAUGCGGGUCCUGAUUUGAGUUCACAAAAUUCAACUGAUCCCAUUUCAAUUCUAUUAAUAAAUUGGGGUUGUCAGCGUGAUUUAAGGAGGCUACUUAAUUUAGGUACUAAAGCCCGUGUUUUUGUUAUUGAUUGUCACCGGCCCAUCCACUUGCAUAAUUUGAGUGAUCAAAAUGAGAGUGUGAUUGUGCUUUAUUCUAAUGACGAUGAGCAUCAAGCUGAUUUAGCUUAUGAUUUUGAUGUGUCGGCUUUGGCUAAUGCUAGCGAGUUAAAUAGUGAUGAUGAGGGUGGUGAUGAGAGCGAUGAUAGCGAGGAGGACAGUGAGAGUGAGGUAGAAGAGGAUGGGAGUGGGGGUUCUAGGAAGCGAAGGAGGGUGUCAAAAGAGAAUGAAGAUGACCCAGUUCGGCUAUUUAGGAAAUUAAAGAGGGAAUAUUAUCAUAUGGGUACUUUCCAUGGCAAGCCAUCUGGGUGUUUGAUGUAUGAUUUGUCACAUUCAUUGAGGAAGAAUACAACUGAGUUGCUUUGGUUGGCUUGUGUUUCGCUAACUGAUCAGUUCGUUCAUGAGAGGUUAACUGAUGAGAGGUACCAGGCUGGGGUUAUGGAGCUUGAACAGCAUAUUAACAGUUCAGGGAAUUUGGAGGCUGUUUCUAUGGUAACUCUUAAAGAUGGAACAAAGAUUAGAGCUCCUGAAUCAUCAAGGAUUGCAUAUGAAGAUGAACCAAGACUUAUGUUGUUAAGGGAGUGGAAUUUGUUUGAUUCAAUGUUGUGUUCUUCAUAUAUUGCUACUAAAUUGAAGACAUGGAGUGACAAUGGAAUGAAGAAGCUAAAGCUUCUCCUUGCAAGAAUGGGAUUUGCGCUUGUGGAUUGCCAGCAGAAGUUUCAGUACAUGAAUCUUGAAGUGAAGCGAAAGAUGAAAGAUGAGUUUGAACGGUUUUUACCCGAAUAUGGGCUUACUGAUUUUUACUACAGGAGUUUUUUGAGGUUACACGGGUAUAGCUCCAAGGUUUCUGCAGCGGAUGUGGUCUAUGGGGUUACUGCAUUGCUCGAGUCAUUUGUGAGCUCUGAUGGCUCCUGUGCUUCUAAGCAGUUUGGGGUGGCAUAUGAUGCACUCUCCUUGAGUAAUCUUGAUAAGUUGAAAGCUGGAAUGCAACAAGCAAUCAAGGUACAGCGGUCAAUUCUUAGACAAGGAAGUGCAGCAAUUACAAAACCUGGUUCUAUCAGAAGCGGACGAAAAUUCAGAUGGGUAAAGCUUGAGGAUUCAGUGGACACAAAGCUGUUGGGAUACCCACAGGCUUUGACUAAAUUCUGCUAUUUUGUUAUGGAUGCCUUGAGAGAGAAAGGAGCUAGAGCAAAGCCCUUACUUUGUGCAUGCUUAUCACAGGAGCCAAACAAGAUGUUGAUUGUUGGAGUCUGUGGAAAGCCUCGACUUGGGGCAGUUCAAGGAAAUGCCUUCGGGAUUGCAUUCAGAAAUGCAGCUGAGGAGAUUGGAGCUGAGUUCUUUCAUGAGUUAUUUGAAUCUUCAUGGAUUGUUUUAGAUAAAGGUGCAGUUAAUAGUUUUAUGGUCAAAUUAACCGAGAAGCUCUAAUGGAGAACUUCGUCUACUGUCUAGAUACAUCUGCUCUUUUCUUUUCUUUUAAAUUAUCCUGCUCAUUCCCUACAAAAUUGGUUGAGCCGUUCUCAGGGAAGGGCAUACGUUUGUGCCUUAGAAAUUUUUCUUUUCAUGUUUGAAAUGAUUCAUAAAUACAAAGUCUAAUUUGACUUCUGUCAA